UUUGCGCUGCAGUGCUUUUCGGUGUCUUGUUUGUUUUUCCAGAUUUGUAUCCCCAUAAGUGCUUUAUCCACCUAAGUCCGUUAAGUUGAGCCUCUGCUCCUUCGGCCGUGUCGAUUUUGUGCUUGAGGUGAUCGAAAUCUUGUGAAUUUUGUGCUUGAGAUAGGACUCGUUGACCCGUUUUGUGAUAAAUAAUAUUUAUCAUGUCUAAUAGAAAGUGUUGUGUUCCUGGAUGUGCAAAUAGCUUAGACGCCGCGGCGAAUUUACAUAAAUUCCCUAAUCCAAAUAAGGAUAGGCAGCUAUUUAAUACAUGGGUCUUUUCUAUUGGUGGUGACAUUUUGCAACUUGAAAAUAAGCAUAUUUUUAAAUACCGCCGCAUCUGUCAUGUUCAUUUCGAACCAAAACAUUGGUGCCGGAAUAACCGACUUGCUAAAGGAGCUGUACCAACGAAAAACAUGCCAGGACUAUCUUGCUCGAAAUUCAGCAUUGAAAAAAGAGCAUUAAGACCUCUUCAGAUGUCUGAACCAUCUACUUCAAAAAGUAUAUUUUAUUUGUCAUAUGCAUAUAAAUGAGCAAUUCUUUUUAUGUAUAUAUACAUGACAUAUUUGCUUCAUACAACAUAUUAUUCACUGGUUACACAAAACUGUUGUUUCCUGCAAAAAUGUUUCAACUGUAUUUGAAAUGUAUGUUUUAUUUAAAAAAUCAUUUAUUUCUACAAAUAAGGCUGAAAAUAAGUAACUUUUGAAUGUCAUGUGUACCAAAGAUCCUUUGCUACUUUCAAUUUGUUGUAAUACUUAAAUAAUUGAUAGAUAGACACUAGCAAUUAAUUAUAUAAUAGUAAUAUCUGUGGCCUGUUGCUAAAAGGGCCAAAGUACAUUUUUGUAUAAACGAGAUUGUAGUGCCAGUUUAUUGUAAAAGUAUGAUAUUUUUUUGUGCUAAAAGGGCGUUAGUGUAUUAACAAUCUUUCAAAAGUUACGCCAAAAUGUAAAAAAAGCCAAUGAU